AUGCGUUUGGUACUUGUGCCGGCCGUCGCGCUGGCCCGGGCAGGACGGCGCAAGCGCGGCACCCCGGCCCAGCAGCCGGGCUCCGCAAAGAGCGACUUCUCCCCCAGCUCCGAGGACUUCAGCGCCAAUGUGUCCGGCGAGCACAGCCCCUUCCCCGGGCCCGGGGAGCAUGCUGGCCCAGGUGCAGAUCUCUCGACGAAAAUCAUCAACCAAUCGGAGGACUCGGCUCUGGCCGGGGCCGGCCACCCCACCGGCAGGGACACCGACCCCGGCACUGGCAGCAGUCGCAGCCACAGCACCGGCCAUUUGAGUGGCCGGUCUAGCAGCGUCAGCAGCAGCAGCAGCAGCGGCGGCGGCAUCAGGUCGCCACAGCGCCUGACCAGCGGGCAGGGGCAUCCCCACACGCCGGCGCACGGGUACUACCAUGCGGAGGACGAGGAGCUGGCCCUGGCCGCGGCACAGCACCAGGCAGCCCGGCGACUGCCGCACGCGGCGAGCAUCAGCAGCACCGUGGCCCUGCGGAGCUACGACGGCCGGGACUUCGACCCCGAGGCGGCGGUCGGCAUGGGCCCCGGCUCGGGCUCGGACAUCCUGCCCGCCGGCGGGGGCUUCCUGAGUGGCGACCUCCUCGGGGCCAAUGCCAGCGGCCUGGCCAUUGUCAUCGACCCGGCCGAGGAGCAUCAGCCGGGUGCCGCCGGCCGGCACCUGCCCUACGGCCAGCAUGAUGGGCUUUCGGCCGAUGACGACUGCUCCGAGUACUCGGACUUGCCGCCGAUGGAUGAGUAUUCGGAUGACAUGCUGACCAGCACCGGCGAGUGCGAGGGCAGCAUGAAGCUACGGCCGCCCGAGGGGGGGGCCAGCAGCCCGGCGGCCGGCAGCGGGGAUGGCCGCCGGCGGGCCGGGAAACCCGGCCCCGGGGCGGCCCUCGUGUCGCGCAGCCAAAGCGGCACCGGGGCCGGGCUCCCGCGGCCGGUCAGCGGGGAAACCGCCUGGUCGGCCCGGAGCUCCACCUCCUCGAUCACCAUCGAAAUUGACUGCAUGCUGGACCCGACGGCCCAUCGGGCCGCGGUGGCUGGACUCGAGAGCCAGCUCCAGGACAUGCAGCUUCGCCGGGGCGAGUGGUCGCGCUCCAACUCCCGGCAGUUCACGGACCUUGAGAUGACCGGCGUGGCGGCCAGCAGCCUGGAGGCUGAGAAUGCCGUGGCGGCCCCGGCCGCGGGCAUCGCCGCGACCAAUGCAGAUGCCGCCCUCCAGGAGCCCGCCAGUGGGGGCGGCAUCUCCGAAGAGACGGAGACUUUCGCCGCCGACGAUGAGUACGACGAGGAGGACCCCUCGGGCGGCCGGCUACACCACCACGGCCACUACUCCUACUACCAGCACCAGCCUCACCACCAUCCGGGUGACCAGGAGCAUGGUCGGGGCCAUCGCCGGCCUUUCUGA